CACUUAUGAUGUUCUUUUGCGUUUACCUGCUCUUAUGGCUCUGCGAGCCAACUUGGACUUCGAAAGAUGAUCGAUUAUCCUCCGAAAUACGGGAGGAAAACCUUACGCCAUACCUAUGAGAAUGACCCUUCGUACUACCGUUAUUAUAGCCCCACAAGUUUCUCAGGUGAUGGCGGGAACUCUCUGUGUGAUCACCUGGGAAAACUGCGUGGACGAUGAGCAAUCAUUGAAAGAUGCGGACAGCAGCGACGAGGAUGAUGCGGUAAUUCUGGAGCUGGCGCGACAGCGCGUCUGUUACCCUGCACAACGAACGAAUGCAAAAGCUUUGAACCUGACUGAUCGAAACUUGCAGAGGACGCGGGCAAUGAUUCUGGGUGAACCUCCCGUACUAUCAAGGAUGGUCGAUUCUUUGGAACCCCCUCGAACCCUGUACGAAGUGGGUCCGGUGCCCGAUGGGGAUUUGCAACGAGCCUCCACGUUUCAGCGGGCUAUGAAUGUGACGUUUCAGAACUUCGUCAACAAGACACGGCUGACCCAAGGAAUGAUCAACUUUUGCGUCAUCGUGUACAUGGACGACAUCCUGGUCUACUCGAAAACCUAUCACGGGCACGUACAACAUAUCGAGUGGACACUGGGAGCUCUGAGAGACGCUGGGUUCAAGAUUGCACUCGAGAAGAGCGAGUUCUUCCUCUCAGAGAUCUCGUUCCUGGGCUACGUGGUGACACGAGGAAUACUGCGGCCGGAUUCGAGAAAGGUCGCAACAGUGAAGGACGCCCCUGUUCCCACAUCACUGACGCAGGAGUACGAUUUCGACAUCGUCCAUCGGAAGACGGAGAGGCAUGGGAACACCGACGGGUUGACACGUCUGCAUCGACCCGCUAAGCCGAUCGGCUCGACCGAUCACUCGCCACGUGUCAUAUCUACGGCCUCUCCCAUCCUCUCCAUCUCCACCUUCGUUUGUCUCCUCCUCCGCUGCGGAAGAGGACGACGAUUGCUUAUUGCACGCUUCUCCUUCUCUGUCUCGCUCUCCCUUAGAUACUCCGUCCCCAUCACCAUCGCCAUGAGUUUUCUCACUGAACGAGUUCUCGGCGAGCACCUGUUGGUGCCACGUGACGACAUUUCGGCGAUCAGACAAGUCCAUCACACACGGAUCAGUCCGGAUCUUCUACGCUUCGCGCAGUUCUUCAGCACCACGGGAGUGUACGAGGCGGCGGAAUUUCGUUUUGCGACCCAUAGCCAGGCACUCGUAUUGGCCGAGGCAUCGGCUUAUCGGCGGCUCUCAAUACCGGGGGUCAGCCAAGUAUCCACCAUCGUUGUCUUCAGUGGAGAUAUCAGCACGGUGGAUCCACUACGACAUACGACCAUCCGGGUAUCGCUGAGGAAGUGGGGUGAGCAGCUGGCGGCGGAGUGGAACCAGUGGCUUGCGCGGCACGGUGACAAUCUUGUCGUCACCAACAGCAUCGACGCCGGCGGGCUUCGCAUGUCCCGACAGGAAAGAGCUGUGGCGGAGGAAGCGGAGGUGGAAGACGGAAGCGAGGAGGAUACCUCGGAGGAAGAAGGUAGCUACAGUGAGUACAGCGAGGAGGAACCCGGGGAAGAAGAGGAAGAAGAAGAAGAAGAAGAAGAUCAGUUGGAGGAAGAGGAAGGAUCUAAGUGGGAGACUCUGGGUGAGGAGGCGGAUCGCGCAGAGGUUCAUGAGGAGGAUCCCGAGACGGCAGCGCGGCGGAGAGAAGAAAUCGCGGCCAGGAAGCAGCCACUGGAGUACGCGAGCUGUGCGGAUCUGCCGAUCCCGAACGACCCAACCAAUGAUCCCGAGCCGCCCAAGAACGACGAUGGGGACCUUGCUGCCGAGACUUCAAGCGCACCAGCACGCAGGUGACGAAGCCGAUCCCCCUCCCCAUCCCCCCGUCCCCCAGUUCGAACACGUGUCGAUGCGGGGCAUCAG